AUGGCAUUUCGACCUCCUUCAUUUAAUUGGUCAAGAUCAAUGGGUCUGAAAUGGCAAUAUAAUCAAUCAUUUGCUAAGAAUAAUCAUAAUAAUUUGACACAUCCAUUAUCAAGAGCUUCACAACAUGCAAAUGAAUUAAGUAAUAAUAAACCAGUUUCAAAUAAAAGAUAUUUUAGCUAUUAUUAUUAUCAAUUUCCUAAAAUUCCCAGACCCAAACGAAAUGUAUUAUAUUAUUCAACAUGGUCUAAAUUUGGUGGUGGUCGUCAAGACAACAAUUCUGGAUCGAGUAAUUCUAAUGCACGUCAAAAUUAUUAUUUUCCAAAAAUUAAAAUUUCAAAAAGAUCCUUUUCAACAGCUAAUCAAAAAAUCAAGAUGAAAACUAAAAAAUUACAGAUGAGAUUCUUUUCAAUAGAAGCUAGAACUAAAAGACAACAACGUAGAAAAUUUAUUAAAUGGUGGACUAUUACAAGUUUAACAAUUAUAUUGGGAGGUGUUGCAUCAAAAAUUCAUUAUGAAAAAAAUCAUGAAGAAAAUCCAUAUAAAAUUAGACCUCAAUCAUGGCAUUUAUAUGCUUAUUCUACAUUACCGUUAAAAACCAUAUCUAGACUAUGGGGUCAAUUCAAUUCAAUUAAUUUACCAAGGUGGAUAAGAUCACCAAGUUAUAGAUUAUAUUCAGCUAUUUUUGGGGUCAAUUUAGAUGAAAUGGAAAAUCCUGAUUUAUCAAGUUUUAAUAAUUUAGGUGAAUUUUUUUAUAGAAAUAUCAGACCAGAAACAAGACCAAUUAGUGAAGAUGAUUUAGUUUCACCUGCUGAUGGAAAAAUUUUAGGAUUUGGUGUUAUAGAUAAUGGAGAAAUUGAACAAGUUAAAGGUAUGACAUAUUCAAUUGAUGCUUUAUUAGGUUUAUCUGCAGAUAGAAAGAAAUUGGCUGCGCCAACUCAUUCAUUAGAAUUUGAUCAUGAUAGUGAUGAUGAAUCUAUAGUUCAAAGAGAUAAAGAAUUUGCUAAAAUCAAUGGAAUUUCUUAUUCUGUUGAUGAUAUAGUAGGUGGUCAUAAUGAUCACACUUAUCAUAUGAAUAAUUUGGAAUAUAAAGAUGACCAUGAUGGUACAGCAAAAGGUGAAGAAGCUUCAUUUAAAAAAGAAUUGACAGUUGCAGAAGCGUUAGCUCCAAAUCCAUUAGAAGCAUUUCGUAAGAAAAAUUUAUAUUUUGCAGUUAUUUAUUUAGCUCCUGGAGAUUAUCAUCAUUUCCAUUCACCAACAAAUUGGGUUACAACUUUAAGAAGACAUUUUAUUGGUGAAUUAUUUUCAGUUGCACCAUUCUUUCAAAAAACUUUACAAGGUUUAUUUGUUUUGAAUGAAAGAGUUGCAUUAUUAGGUUAUUGGAAAUAUGGGUUUUUUUCAAUGAUACCUGUUGGUGCUACAAAUGUUGGUAGUAUAAUUGUUAAUUUUGAUAAAGAUUUAAAAACAAAUGAUAUUUACGAGCACGAAAUUUAUUCAUCAUCAGCUAAUAGUUCACAAACAACAAUUAAUGAAGAAACUGCAUUAUUAAAAGAUUAUUCAAGUGAUAGUUUUACAUUAAAUGAAGAAGAAAAGAAGAGAAAGAAGAAAUUAAAGAAAAAUUCAGUUUAUGAAGCUACUUAUACAAAUGCAAGUAGGUUAUUGGGUGGAUAUCCAUUAACAAAAGGUCAAGAUAUAGGUGGUUUUAAAUUAGGUUCAACUGUAGUUUUAGUUUUUGAAGCUCCAGAUAAUUUUAAGUUUGAUUUAAAAAUUGGUGAUAAGGUUAAAGUUGGUCAAUCAUUAGGGAAUUUUAAAUAG